UUCAGGGAAACACCAAUAAAGGCCUUCCUUCCUUAAAAGUUAAAACCCACAAAACUCACUCUUAAACAGUCAAAUAUUAUGAUUAGUGACUCAAAUUAUCAUUAAUUUUACCAAUUAUGAAGCAGAGCAAUUUUAGAAAACAGAGCUACUCUGUUUUUCUUCUGGUAUUAUUGUUCAAAUUAUUACCAUUAAAUUCGAUUAAUUUACCAAAUUCACAUUCAAAACUCGUCAAAUCCUUACCUGGGUUUCCUGGAAAUCUACCUUUCAAGCUUCAUACUGGAUAUAUUGGAGUGGGGAAGGGGGAGGAGGUGCAGCUAUUUUACUACCUUAUUGAGUCCAACCGAGACCCGGAAACCGAUCCACUUAUGCUAUGGCUCACUGGAGGACCUGGUUGCACUUCCCUGUCUGCAAUUUUUUUUGAACAUAUUGGUCCAUUAUCUUUCAACUAUACAGGAGUAUAUUUCAACCGUACUACAUCUACCUGGGAGACUGAUCUACCGGCUCUUCAAUUAAAUCCCUACUCUUGGAACAAGGUAGUCAACAUACUAUUUCUAGAGUCACCUGUGGGCACCGGAUUCUCUUAUUCCACAACUGCUGAAUCUUACUAUACUACUGAUAUAAAAGCAUCAAAACAGAUCUACGAAUUUCUACGAAAGUUUUAUGUGGAACAUCCUCAAUUUGUAAAAAAUCCUCUCUACAUUGGUGGUAGCUCGUAUUGUGGACUUAUAGUCCCAUUCAUCAUGCAAGAGAUUGUAAAAGGGAAUGAAGAUGAAACUGGUUCAUCAAUCAAUAUUAAGGGAUAUGUUCUCGGAAGUCCUGUGAGUGAUCCACACGAGAGUGAUUUAAUUGGGAGAAUCGAUUUUGUUCACCGUGUAUCCCUAUUAUCAGAUGAUCUUUAUGAGUCAACCAAAGUAAGUUGUAGUGCUCCGAACUGGAAUAUCAGCAAUGCAGAGUGCGAAGAUAAUGCUCAGACUGUAAUUGAUUUUAUUUCUCCAUUAGAUGAUGAUAAUAUUUUGGAGUCAAAAUGCAAUGAUUUGUACCCAAGCAAUUGGUGUCGGAAAAACUUUAAUUUGAUCAUCGAUAAUUGGGCAAAUAAUGUUCAAGUUCGACAAGCACUUCAUGUCCGGGAGGGAACUGUGGGUCAUUGGACUCGAUGUAACUUAACCAUGAGGACUCGAACAUACAACUCAACAAUGAUGCGCAACAGCUUUGGUGAUCAUCAAUAUCUUGCAAACAAGCAUAUUAGAGCACUUAUAUACAGUGGUGAUCAAGAGCUGAGUGCUACAUAUGUAGGCACACAGAGAUGGAUCAAGAAACUCGACGUACCAAUUGAUAAAGAUUGGAGGCCAUGGGUUGUAAAUGGCCAAGUUGCUGGAUAUGUUACAGAUUAUUCAAAUGGGCACUACAAUUUGACAUUUACCACAGUUAAGGGAGCAGGACAUUGCCCUUCAGAGUAUAAACCUCGAGAAAGUUUGUUCAUGAUUCAAAGAUGGGUUGCACAAGAUUAUCUCUAGUGUCGCGAUAGUUAAAUUUGAAAUUUUUUUGCCUUCAGAAUAAGUGCACUAGGUAAUCAACAAAGUUAGUAUAUACCUUGCGCUAGUUUAAAUGUUUCUUUCAUAUUCCGCGGUUUUGCCUAUUGUUAACCGGUAUGUAUGCAUAUUGAGGAAAAUCUGUGUGAGUCGACUUAUUAUUAAUUGAUUUUAGGGUGAAACCUCCUUUGAAAAUAAAAGUGGUCUUGCUCUCCUUAUUAUCAGAGUAGAGAGCUAUUUCACUAUUAAUAAAAUAAUCGCGCAUUCGCGCCUGUUACAUAUUA